AUGAGUGCGCUGACGGCAACGAGUCCCGGUGCUCAGAGCAUUUCGAUCGGAGGCCCGGUCCGUCCAUCGACCAAUGGCUCUCACAGCUACCAGCAACAGUCUCAAAAUCAGCAGCAGCAGCAGCUCGGGACAGCGACGGUCUACGUGACGGCCAGUCCAACGCCGAGCUUGGGCUCGCAGGAUGGCGAUCAACAACAGCAAGCUGCAGCCGCUCAUUCGGCUCACGUCGUGAAAAUUCGCAUCAGUCCGAGCUGCAACGCAAAGCGAAUCGUCUCGGCGGUCAGACUCAACGAGGAGGAGCCCAGCAGCAUCAUCACCGGAGUCUCGCUGGUUUCGUUGCAAAAAGUCGGAGCGGAUAACGACGAGGUCAUGCACGUGUCGAGCCACGGGCCCGUUCGCAUCAGCGUCAAGAGCACCUACUCGUCGAGCGAGUCGGUGGGCUCGUCCUCGACGGACAUGAACACGAGCAAGGAGACGCUGCCGGGCUGCUUCUGCUGCAGCAGUCCGCCCAACUCGAUGCUCAGCGGUCACUGCUCGCCCUCGGAGACGCUGGACAGCGGCACCUGUUCGGAUCUCGACGGUACGCCGCCACCUCCGUCGCUGCAGCAGCGUCAGCUGUUGAAAAAAACAAGCAGCAGCGACGCCCCGACGAGCAUGAUGAUGCCGACUCUGAGGGGAUCGAGCGGCAGCGCGACGAGUAGCGGCGCCGAGCUCGACAGCGACGACGACGUCGAGUCGAGCAUCAGCUGCGACAGCAUCGAGGUCUCGUCCACGAUAUCGUCCUCGACGACGCUGCAGCAGGCCUACAGCAAUAACAACAACAAAAAGCCCCUCGUGAGCGAGCGCACCUACGAGGAGCGCAGUCGGCCUAUCCCGAUCCGAGGGGCCGGCGCCGAGCCCAGCGAGUCCAAUGGACGCUGCUACCUCUACGAGGACGACCGUCACUACCAAUUCCACGUGAACGAGCGCGAGGAGGUGAGGAAGAUGGAGCAGCAGCUCGCCGCCCAGAAUCUGGCCAACGCCAGCGAGCAAGAGCAAGAGUUCUUCGCCGGGGUGCAGACGGGCCGCGACAAGGAGGCCAUUCGCAGUGCCAAGGGGACGGUGCGCGGCGUCAAGAAUCGCGUCAGAGCCGGCAUCGCCACUUUCCUUCAGACUCCUGCAGCCAAGAAUUAUAAGACGCUGGACGCAGGAAAAGUCGUGCUUUUCACGACGUCGGGCAGCAUAAUCAGGAGCACCUCCAACAGAUGCCAGUCGAUCAAGAAGAUCCUCGACACGCACAUGGCCAAGUACGAGGUGCGAGAUCUGAACUUCAGCUCGGAUAACCAGAAGGAGCUCAAGGAGCGUAUGAGGUGCAAUGCCAUAACUGUGCCACAGCUAUUCAUCGAUGGAGAGUACAUCGGGGAUGCCAACACGGUCGAACGGUUGAACGAGACGGGUGAGCUGCGUCAAAUGCUUAAACCGUACAAGAGCUUGGACGUGUGCAACACUUGCCAGGCGUGCGGUGGCUAUCGGCUGCUGCCCUGUCCGGUCUGCAACGGCAGCAAAAAGUCGGUCCACCGAAACGAUUUCACCGCCGAGUUCGUCGCCCUGAAAUGCAUGAACUGCGACGAGGUUGGCCUCGUGCGCUGCCAGUACUGCUGCUGCUGAGCCUGAGCCUAGUAGAGCCGAGCCAAGAGAGAAAGACCAGCGCAAACCGAUUAUGGUGGUCCAUGUAUAAUGCGCCGAUCGAAUCCCAUGCAGCCAGCUUGCAGCGCCGAACGAAUCGAAAUGGCUCGUAUAUUACGAACGAGAGAGUCUCUCGCAGCAGCAGCGGCGCUCGAGAUCGCAGAGAUGAAAGUGCAGCGGUGCAGCGGUGUAUUCGCAGGUGUACACUACUACUCUCUUUGUAUAUAGCGCGAGCUGGCACAUGUCCGUCGACGCUUCAUCGCUCCGCUAACUCCGAUAGUUUAAUUAUCGACUUUUCCCUACCUACCUAGCCCCCCGCCCUACCUUCCUUUGACAGCUAGCUGUAUGCAGCAGUUGGUGCGCGCCGUUGGCAUCCGCGCGAUUCUCUAUUGUAAUUAUUGUUUUAAAUUUGUUCGGAUCGGCUGAUGCCAUUGGCGUGUGUACCGGACGGACGGACGGACGGACGAUGCGAGAGAUGAUGCGCAGCAGCGAAAACAACCGGCCACCAGUCGAUGCGUAUAUACCUUCGAAUUUGAUUUUAUACUUAUCGACAUCGUGUCGACUGUCGACGAUAAUCUUUUAAUUAAAUUUUGCGUUGCGAAAUUUUGCGACAUACGUACAGUACAGUCGAGGCUGCGCACCGCAUCACCUUUUAACCAAGCCAUUAACCAAGUGUAACAAAAGUUAACUUAUUUUCUUUUCUUUUAUUGUGUCGUAGGACGAUAUCGAUUAUUAUUAACGUAAACUUAUUAACCCUGGAGAUUGAUAAGAUGAAUGUCUGUUGUUGCAAUUUGUAUGCACGUAUAAUAAGAACGACGAUCGUGUCGAAAUGUUUCAUUUUCAUUCGAGGCGUAUCUCAGGUGGUAUUAUAUACAUUGUUGUAGAUUAAAACAAAUUAGUAAGCUACGCGAAACGCAAACGUAACGACGCAGCUUGUGUUAGGAUAGAAUAUAAAAUUAUACACAUAUUGUCGGAAAGGUCUGUGCGGCUGCUGCUGAUGCUGUGCAGGUACUACUGUACGCGCGAGAGCAUAAACGCGCAAAUUCGGUAAACCACCGAGCCUCGAAACCUCAGCCGGUGUUAAAGGAAAAUCUCGACGACGCGACGUUAUAUGCACAAUUGUAAUGAAAUCCAGUAAAUGCAGCCGAGAAACUUCGAGUCAAGACUGUGUGUCUAUGUGUGUGUGUGUGUGUGUGUGUGAGUGUGUGAGUGUGUACGUAUUUGUGUCUGUGUGUACAGUGUGGCGCGAGCGCGUUUACGCGCGAACAUAGCAAUCUGCGCGCCUCUUUCGCUCUCCGGCCGGUUGUACGGAGUCUAUGCAUAUAUCUGCUGCUACGUUGGCUGCUGCUGCUGCUGCUGAUGCUGCUGCGGCGUAAUGUAGUACGACACUCUCGUGUUCCGAAGCGAGAGGAAAAGAGAGAUGUGUAUAUAUAGAGAGAGAGAGAGCGAGAGAGGGAAAAAAAGCCAAGGUGCUAUUUUAGAGUAGUGAUUGUAACACGCACUGGAGCUGAAAAUUGCAGCCCCCAGGUCCCGCAAAAUGCGUUUGCAAAAUUCAAUAUACCUACCUCUUUUUGCGCAGGUUUAUGAAAACGGCAAAAUGGCAGCAGCGUAAAAAAUUUAUUUUAUAAUAAUAAAAAAAAAAUUAACCAUCUAAUCUCGAAAGACAUUUUCAAGCGUAUGCGAACCGCAAGUAGUUCGCAGCGUAUAGCAAUUCGAGACAGCGCGAGUACCUGCCUGCCCGCCGUUUAUACUUUUACUCUUCUUCGUCUUAAUUUUUUUUUCCUUUUUUUAAUGAACAUCCCUCUCUGUACAUUUAUGUUAUUUAUUUUAAAAUUAU